AUGGGGACCAGUUUACCUCAGAGAGCAGCUGGGUUGGGGGCCUGGAGAAGGGAACAGACCCGCCCACACCAGGCCCCAGUCUGCGGGAGGAGAACAGAGCCUCUUGCCCUUACACAGUACUUCCAAAGGGGGGUCAUCAAAGCCCCGAAGAAACAGGCGUGGGAAGAAGAGAGUAGGAGAAUCUGCAAAGCCCUAGCGACAGGAAGAACGUGUUGGGAAUCAGCAGAGAGGCAGCAGCUGGGCCGGAGCACCUGGUGCACCGAGUUUAAGACUCCGCGUGCCCUCUGCCACACCACCUGCCUGGAGCCAGCCGACUACGGACUGAACCUCUGCAACUGUGAGCCAGAUAAACUUCUCAACCUGUGGUCAGACACUUUGGCCCAGCAACAAGAAUGUAACCAAGACAUGUCCUUUUCGGUGACAGAGCACUUGGAGAAGAGCACAGUUCUGGAUCUUCCCUUGCUGUGGGCGGCCCGAGCGCCCCCUCCACCCACCUCUAGCCUGUGCACCUGGGCUCCACCAGGCACACUGUCACCCUCCUGGCUUCUGGCCGCGGCAGAACACAUACCGGGUUGCAGUAGGACAGGGGAUACCCGAAACUGUGACCGAGAACGCGCCUUUGUGGCUGCGCAGCGCGUCCUGGUGGCCUCCGGUGCGCAGGGACGCCGGGACCGUGGGCGAACUCUCCCUCCUCCCCACAUGUGGCUUCCGCGGCCUUACCGGACCAGAGCGCUGAAGGGGGGCGUUUCUGCGCGGAGGAGUGGGUCGGAGGCGGGGCCGCUGCGCUGCGGCCUGAGUCUCGAACCCGCAGUGCGCGUCUGGUUGCGCCCGGGCGGCCGCGGGGAUCCGGCGCCUGGGGACCGGAGGCGGGGCACCAGCUGUGAUGGGAGCACGGGCUUUUGGCGGGAGCCUCGGGCCGGCGAGAGUGGGGGCGAGGAGCUGUGGUGUUGGGGGAGGCCCGGGCCCCCGACUCCGCGAGGCCAGGGAGAGGGGGCGCGGCGCUGCCAGAGCGUUCAGCAGGGGGCGCUGCUCCGGGCGUCGGGAGGAGGUGGGGGGGCCCGCGCCGCGCGCCGCUCUGCCGGUCCCGGCUUCAGGAACGGCUCAGUGGUGCCGCACCACUUCAUGAUGGCUCUGUACCGCAGCCUGUCCGGGAGGGCGCCGGCCGAGACAGCCGCUGCCUCGGGCCACGGCCGCGCGGACACCAUCACCGGCUUCGCAGACCAGGCAACCCAAGACGAAUCGGUGGCCGAGGCUGGCCAGAGCUUCUUGUUUGACGUGUCCAGUCUUCCCGACGCAGACGAGGUGGUGGGAGCCGAGCUGCGCGUGCUGCGCCGCAAGCCGGCUCGGCCGGACCCGGAGAGCCCGACUGCCCCGCCGCUGCUACUGCUGUCCACGUGUCCGGGGGCUGGGCACACGCCGCGUCUGCUGUACUCGCGGGCUGCAGAGGCGCUGGACGGCGCGCGCUGGGAGGUGUUCGACGUGGCGGACGCCGUGCGGAGCCACCGCCGGGAGCCCCGCCACGGCCGAGGCCACGGGCGCAGGGGCCGGAGCCGCUGUAGCCGCAAGCCGCUGCACGUGGACUUCAAGGAGCUGGGCUGGGACGACUGGAUCAUCGCGCCGCUGGAUUACGAGGCCUACCACUGCGAGGGCGUCUGCGACUUCCCAUUGCGCUCGCACCUCGAGCCCACCAACCACGCCAUCAUCCAGACGCUGCUCAAUUCCAUGGCGCCCGACGCGGCGCCCGCCUCUUGCUGCGUGCCCGCGCGCCUCAGCCCCAUCAGCAUCCUCUACAUCGACUCGGCCAACAACGUGGUCUACAAGCAGUACGAGGACAUGGUGGUGGAAGCGUGCGGCUGCAGGUAGCGCGCCGGAGGCUCAG